ACUUGAUUUACUUUUGUUUGAAUACUCAAAGCGAGCAGACGGCGCUCUGAUGGGAAAAAUGAGAACUGGAACAUUUCUACUUGUUGCUGCCGCUGCGAUAAGCUUGGUCGCCGCGUCCAGCAUACCGGCUGCCGACGAACUACCGCACGACCCGCUCGAGCACGAUUCGCUACAUGGCAGACACUUCGAUGGCGGCGAACACAAUACGCAGUUCGACCACGAAGCCUUUCUGGGCGCAGAUGAAGCCAAAAAGUUCGAUGAACUCACGCCGGAGGAGAGCAAGCGACGUCUUGGUUUGAUUGUGGACCGCAUUGAUGAAAAUAAGGAUGGUUUUAUCGAUCUGGCCGAACUUAAAGCCUGGAUUCAAUACACCCAGCGUCGCUACAUUGACGAGGACGUGGAUCGAGUGUGGCGUCAACACAACCCAAACAACGAGUCAACCAUUGACUGGGAGGUAUACCGCAAGACAGUCUAUGGAUUUAUGGACUCGCUGGACAAGGAGGAGUUGGAAAGAGAGGAGAAUGGCAUUUCCUAUAAGAAAAUGCUCUCACGCGACCGUCGUCGUUGGGCUGUUGCCGAUCAGGACCUGGACGAUAAGCUGACACGCGAAGAGUUUACAGCAUUUUUGCAUCCCGAGGAGCAUCCAACCAUGCGUGAUGUAGUGCUAAAGGAGACCACCGAGGAUCUGGAUAAGGACAAUGACGGCAAAAUCUCCAUAGAUGAAUACAUUGGCGAUAUGUACCGCCCGUCGGGACCCAAUGAGCCCGAGCCCGAAUGGGUACUUAGCGAGCGUGAGUCGUUUUCCAUUCAUCGUGACACGGACGGCGAUGGAUACCUAACUGAACUGGAAAUACGUCAAUGGAUUGUGCCCAAUGAUUAUGAUACUGCCGAAACAGAGGCCAAGCAUUUGAUCUUUGAGUCUGAUUCGGACCACGACCAGAAACUGACCAAGGAGGAAGUGCUGGACAAGUACGAUAUAUUCGUCGGCUCCCAGGCCACGGACUUUGGUGAGGCUCUGGCACGCCAUGACGAAUUCUAAGAUUGAGUCAGUCCCUAUAGCCACUAAGAACAACUCGCAACUCGAAUGCCAAAUAAAUUGUAAUACUUAUAGUUAGCUAGUUAAGACACAACUUUACAAGUGCAUUAUACUCGACUUUACUUAAAUAACAAUACGAAUUUGA